GGGGCAGUGAUGGGGUCAGUGAUGGGUGAGCGGUGGGGUCAGAGAUGGGGUCAGUGGCAGGUCAAAGGACAGGUCAGUAAUGAGGUGAGUGUUGGGUCAGUGGUGGUCGCUGAGGGUCAGUGGUGGGGUGGGGAUCUGUGUUCAGGAGGUGCAGCCAUGAGGUGGGAGCAGCAGUCGGCUGGGCGAUGCCGUUCCAGUGUCUGUGUGUGAGUGCUGUGUGGUGUGGAGCAAUCGGGGUGCAGGCAGGCUGAGUGCCCCGUGUGGGGGUGCAGCGUGGGAAGUGGGGGUGCCGUGUGGGGCCCUGGACGGACGUGUCAUUCACACCGGAGAAGCAGAACCAGGCGCUGUGGUUGGUCAUGAGCCUGGGCUGCUUCCUGCUGCGCUGGCACCCGGGGCACAGGAGCCAGCAGCAGCGGGCAGGGUGCCGGCCCCGCAAGCAGCUGGUGAGGCGGGAUGGUGCUGGUGCUGGCACUGUGGGCCUGCCUGGCACUGGGCACAGCCAGUGAGGAGAGCCCGGCGCCCGAGCCGCUGGCAGGUGGGCAGCCCUUUGCCGUGGUGUGGAACGUCCCCACCGGGCGCUGCCAGCACCGCUUUGGCAUAGGGCUGCCCCUCAGCGACUACGGCAUCGUGGAGAACCGGGGUGGCCACUUUGCCGGCCAGAACAUCACCAUCUUCUACAAGAACAAGUUUGGGCUGUACCCCUACCUGUCACAGCAUGGUGUCCCCCAUAACGGGGGCCUCCCCCAGCGUGUCUCCCUCGAUGCCCACAUCAACAGGGUGGUGGAGGACAUCCGCCUCCUCCUGCGACCUGCUUUCCAUGGCUUGGCCGUGGUGGACUGGGAGGAGUGGAGGCCCCUGUGGGCCCAAAACUGGGGAGCCAAAAAGAUGUACCGGACAGCCUCGGAGCAGUGGGUGCGGGAGCAGUACGGCAUCCUGCCGGCACGGCAGCAGCUCCGACUGGCCCAGCUGGAGUUCGAGCAGGCGGCACAGGCUCUAAUGGAGGAGACGCUGCUGGUGGGCCGAGCCCUGCGCCCUGGCGGGCUCUGGGGUUUCUACCGCUUUCCCGACUGCCUCAACAGCAACUGGGCCAAGGAGGCAAACUACACCGGGCAGUGCCAGCCGGCUGAGGUGCAGCGUAACAACCAUCUGGGCUGGCUCUGGGCCGCCUCUUCUGCCCUGUACCCCAGCAUCUACCUGCCGCUGGCGCUGCCGCCCGCCCUGCGCCGCCGCUACGUGCACCACCGGCUGCGCGAGGCCCUGCGUGUGGCCGCCUUCGGGGCCCACGGCCUCCUGCCCGUGAUCGCCUACUCCCGCCUCUCCUUCCGCCGCUCCUCCCGGUUCCUGCAGCUGGCUGACCUGGUGCACACCAUCGGGGAGAGCGUGGCGCUGGGAGCGGCUGGACUCGUGCUCUGGGGAGACCUGUCGUACUCCCGCUCGGCUGAAAGCUGUGCCGCCCUGCGCCACUACCUCGUGUCCACCCUGGGUCCUUAUGUGGCCAACGUGACGGCAGCAGCCCGAGAAUGCAGCUAUGGGCGGUGCCAUGGGCAUGGGCGCUGUGUGCGCCAGCAGCCCCACGACCUGGGCAGCCUCCUGCACCUCGGUGCCAGCCCUUGGGCUGCUUUCCGCUGCCACUGCUACCGUGGCUGGGCAGGUGAACGCUGUGCCCAGCGGGUAUGGCUCAGCCCUGCCACCUCCUGCCAGGUGCCCACCCACACUCACAGCCUCUAUGGGCACAAGGACCUCACAUCCUCUGACACCUGCCUGCCACAGGGCACGUGGGGCUGGUGACAAAGGCCAGGGACCGCCACGGUCCCCUACCCAGCUGUGCUGCUGCUGGCACUUCCUAUGGUCUCAUUAAUCUAAAUAAAUUCUUCUGGCACAGCUGGCAUGGUCUUUGUGGGCAAAGCUGGGGGACUCUGUGGUGUCCCCAGGCUGGGCACAAUUGCCAUUGCUGCUGAGAGGCAGCACAGCCCCCAGUUUAGCUCUGGAUGGGUCCAGCAGUGCAUCAGUUUUCCUGCAUGGGCUCUGCCCUCAUCCCGUGAGCUGGCAGCCGCUUUACCCUGGGAAAGGGGGCACGGGGCACUGCCACAACCUGCUGUCCCUUUGCCGCUGGCACUGUGCUGCCAGCAGCCCUGACCACGCCACCAGGCCCCCCUCCCCACAGCUAUUUUUAUCGCCCCCCAACCGUGUUUCUCACUGUCCUAUUUUAAGCGGCGCAGUUGGCGCAGCGGGAACCCAGUGCCCAGUUCCUGGGGGCCCUGCACCACCUCACUGCCCGCUCAGGCUGCCCGGGCACAGGGAGCCAUGCCCAGGGAGGCUGCAGAAGGUACACUGGGGAGUGGGCUUGGGGCUGGCGGGGGCUCUAGCACCCCAGGGGAUACCGGGCGAUGCAAGGCUGUGGGGUCAGGAUGGAAGCAGUGGGUGGAUGGUGCCCUCUGCCAUGGGUGCUGUGGGCAGAGAUGCCUGCCCAGGGAAGAAGGGGGUCCUGGAGGGCUGCAGGUGUAGGGCAGCAGGGUUUGGGGAGGGUACAAGCAGCUGGCGUGCACAGCCCUCUGUAGCAAACCUACGUGACCAGCUGUGCCCCCCCCAGCUGGGGCAAGUGGGUGCAGGGGUGAUGUGGGUAUCUGUGGAGCAGUCCCUGGCCAAGGGUAGGGCUGUGGGGAGGGUCUGAGGGGACCCUGGCUACCGGCUGAGGCCCCCCAGCCCUGAUGCCUGCCAGCCUUGCGGGUGACACACAGUCUGGACAGCAGCAGCACGGCGCCACGCUGCCCUGCGACACGCCACUGACCCCGGGAGGGAUUGGGAGUGGGCACACUGCCAGCCUGCCAUGCUCUGCCAAGGGCACAGUGCGUGGGCUCUGCCCACUGCUCAAAAACACACCUAGAAAAUAAUCUUUUCCCUCUACCCCAAUGCAGGCACGGUUGCUUCCCAAAAC